AUGGCAGGGAAUAGGUGCGGGUCGUGCGGGCAGGAGCUAGAGUCAGACAACCUACUGAGAAUCCAUCUGUAUCGCAAUGACACGUGCAGGGACACGCUGCUCGAGAGGCUCGAGAGUAGGGCGGUGGAGGCGUUGGCGGAGGCUUUGGCCGAGCACGCGGAUUUUGUGCGCGGGUACGUGUCGACGUCGGACGAUGGAUCUGUAUCCACAGUUGGCGACCUGUUCAACACCUUGAACGAGCUGUACCUGUUCUUCAAGGACGCUGAUUUGUCGGACAGAGAAAUAAAUAGAGUGUUGCACAUAUUCAACCACCCGGGAUACGAUCCAGCAGCGGUUCGGCGCUGGCAGAACGUCGCCGACGUCAGGCGGUUUGGGGAGGAACACGCGCCGGACGACAUGGUGCCGUGGCUCAAGGCAGAGAUUGAGGUGCGGGGCCCCGGAGGAAGGUGUCAAAUGCUGGAACUGCUGUACAAGGACACCAAGCUGGCGGAACUGCCGGAGGAGGAUUCUAUGGUGCUGGGUGUCAUCUCGUACAGCGACAGCACUUACGCGUCGGGGAACGGACGCCUACAGGCAUGGCCAAUGUUGUUGGGUUUGGUCAAUGUUCCGGAGGAGUUACGGGGGCGUGAGCCUGGGCAUGCGCUAGUGGGUGUGCUCCCUUUUCCGCCGGAGUGGGCAUCGGCGACGGAGAAGACGCGGGUGUAUCAGAAGGCGUAUCGCAUCGUGAUGGGUCCGCUCAUGCGUGAGAACCGCGACCGCAAGUUUGGCGUGAAGGGCGAGACAAGGAGUGUCUUGGUGCGCAUCCCGGGUGGCUCCACCUUUUUCCGCAGCGGGGCGAAUUACGCGGCGUUCGAGUAUCAUGGCAUGAUGCAGGUUUUCCCUAUUGUCAUUUCCGACCUGUGUGUGGGGCGCUCUGCGGAGGAAAGGGAGCAGAGGGAUAAGGAGGUUCGUGCCUUCCACUACUAUGCGGCUGUGAGAAGCAUGAAGCCCGCGCUGACCCGCACAAGCAAGGCCAUGUGUCUCAUGACGGCUGACGACCCACUGCGGAUGCUGUACAGGGAGACGGUGGGCAGCGAGUUUGACAACAUGGCGACACUCAUGGCCGCGGAAUGCCUUCAGACUUCACGUGUGUUGGUGCACACCGCAGUGGCCAUCCCUAGCACGAAAGGGGGCUACUUGGUUCCGAAGGCGAUGUUCGUGAAAGCAAGCCCGAAGGAGAACUGGUUCACCGACAUUGCAAUACCGGGAGAGAGGGAGGAGGAGGAGGAGGAGGAGGAGGAGGAGGAGGAGGAGGAGGAGGAGGAGGAGGAGGAGGAGGAGGAGGAGGAGGAGUGGUGGUAUGCGCGGUGUCUCUGUAUUUUCAGGGCAGUGAACUACAGCGGGGAGGAAGGUGCCUAUGUAUUCGUGGAGUAUUACGAGGAAGAGGGGGUGUGUCCCCAGACACUUUGCCCCCAACUGGUGCCGGGGCGGAAGGAGGCCACGCACGGGAUCAUUGAAGUUGCAUCGAUCGAGCGCAUUAUCCAUGUGUGCAAGUCCUUUAUUAAUCCUAGAGUCAGGCUACUCAAUAGGUUUGCACUCAUCGACUGA